AUGACCGGAUAUUUUUAUGAAACAUCUCACGAAGAUUGGUCUCUUGAUGGUUUGGCUGAGUGGUGUGCCAUUAAUAUUUCAUGCGAUAAGAAAAAGCUCUUGGAUAGCAUGAAAAAGGCUAUUCAGGACGCGAGUAAUGCUCCUAUCUCUGAGGCUUCCAGACUAAUAGCUAAUUCUAUGCAUGCAAAACUAGAGGAAAAUUUGAGAGAAAUAAAAGAGAAAGAAGCUAUUCAACUGGCACAGAUGAAAAGUCACGAAACUGUACAGCUUGCGGAAAUAAAGUCAAAAAAUUUGCAAGAACAUACCGUUACAGUAGUGAAUUUUCAUAAGAACAUUGCUAAUGAUCUCACGACUGCUGAUCGUAAACGAAAAGAAAGUACAUCAAAUAAAUAUGAGGAACUGACACUAGCUGAAGGCUUUAAGAGACGUACAUGCGGUUAUGAUUCUGGUGGUGAAAGCGAAGAAAAAGGUGAAACUGAAAAAGUUGACGAUGAUUCGGAUGACUGGGGAGAAAUUAUUAAUUUUGAAGAUUUUUCUUUUGAUGAGUGGAUUGACACGUGUAGUGAGAAGAGAUGGUGCUUGAAUAACGGCGAAAAAAUCAGAGAUACUUUAAUAAAAAUUACACGUCAGAAAAUUGAAGAGGCAAAUCAAUUAGCAAAAGUAGAUGGAAAAUUUAUGAGCGUUAUAAGGCUUGGCCUUUCAUCUAUUAUUGAUUUGUCAUCAGAGUUUGACGGAGGAAUGCAUACAUGGUUUGGAGAUGAGUGGGAAGGCUUGAAAACGAAGGCUUCAGAGAAAAUAUGUUUCGAAGUAAAAAAAUUCGAAGGAAACAUUUUAUCUGAUAUCAUUAAGAUAGAAGAGUUAUGUGCUUCGUAUCGCUAUUGGGAUGCACGUUCCUUUCUAUUGGAUAAAUUAAAGGAAAGGCCUGAUGAUGAUAAACACCAAAAUCCAUAUUCUUUUAUUAAUAAGAAAGGUGAAAAAAAGAAUUUGACAGAAAUUGAAUAUAUUACGAAAGUAUCGGGUCCUAUAUUGGAUAUAAUUUUUUCAAAUAACUAUGACAUACUCUAUCUUAGAUGGGGUGAGACAAUUCCUAGGCCUACUGUGAACCGAAAGAUAUAUUUAAGGGUAUUGUCUAUUGACAAUAAUGUAGAUUUGUCACAUUCUGAAUUUGCACGUAAAGCAACACCAGUAAAAGUAAUCAAAGAUCGCAGUAAAUGCAUAAGAACUAAUAAAUGUAUAUUGGAUACUUAUCUCAUGCAUAACCUUCCUGAAGAGGCUAUUGAAAAUUCUACCUUUUAUGGAUUACAAUCAGCUGGACUUGAAGGACAAAUUUUCGGAAUUGAUUUACUUGACGAUGGCUUGUAUUUCAGUUUAGAAGGACCAGCAUAUAGGUUUCCCGCACAAUUAAAUGACAUUAAUGUGUUAAGAAAUUCACUUGAAGUUUUAUAUUUUUUUAAGGAAAAUGCAAUUAAUAAAGCUAAACAUCUGUCCCACAAUAAUAAUAUUAUUGCGAAGAUACUUCAUUCAGGAAAAACGACUACAAAGCCUGAACAUCGGAAGAUCAAUUUUAUUAAGAAAACAUAUUUUACGCCAAAAGAAUCUAUAUCUAAUGAAAUCAAAACUAU